AUGGACGAUCGCAGCAUAACCAAUGAGGCGCUUGAACUACUAGAAACCCUUGAACAGCAGCAUCGACAUGAUCUUACACUUCAUCUAUAUUCAAUUCAUUUGCUGAAGCAACUGCUGCGAAAAGCAAAUCGGCGCAAACGUGCAUUAGAAACUGAAGUUUUUAUAAAAACAAUGAUUAAGGAUAACUGGACGAGCUGGCCAUCGCCUAAUAUAGUUAUUGACCCGCAUGUGGAUAGAAUUUAUGAAGAUGAGAAUUUUAUGGAAUCAAGCGGUAAUAGUAGCAGUAGUGAAUUAGAAGGCUUGGAUGAUAUUAUGGGGGUUCCUGAUAAGGGUGAAAUAAGUCCUCUCGGUUUAAAACAUGCGACUAAAAUGCUGAGCUUGGAACUUAAUUCUGUUUGGCAGCGCAAUCUCGCAAAGAGCGGAGCUCUAGUAAGAGAAAAUAAAGAUUCCGGUAUUAAUUUAGAUAUUGAUAAAAUCAAUAUUCCACAGGAUAUUUUGAAUAAUGUUUUGAUGAGGCUGGAUACAUUUGUAGAGGGAUUGCAUACAAAUUUUGCAAAGCAAACAAAGUUAGCUCUUUCGGCCCAACCAUCUACUAGUAAGCUGGUGCUUGAACUGGGUUUACCUUACACAGGGAGCUUAGAAGAGGGUGCUAGAGUGUCCGAGUUAGGCGAACAUUUAAAUUCAAUCGAUUUGAACAGGAAAGUAAAGUUUGAUUAUAGGGACAUUAUUGUGAGAGGAUGUGAAAUGGAACUCGACAUGUCUAACGUGUAUAUCAAGUGUUUAGAACUCUUCGAAGAAGUCCCGACACAUUACAAUGUAAAGAAAUUCAAGAUCCCGAAGGAUAUAUUGCAAAAAUAUAUGCCUAAGCAACAGACUGGUGCAGCAAAGAAGCCUGUUAGAGAGGUUCAUAAGGAUUACUGGGAACUCACAAUGUUAUCAAAAGAUAGGAACCUCGAUGUAGAAAUUAGGAAGGCCUUACGGCUUCUGUUACUACAUAACGAGUUUUCUAAGGACAAAAAGACCUUUAUGAUGGUACAGAUGGUGAACAAAAUGCUGGGCAAAAACGGUAAUAACGAAAAUAAUAAUGACAGUAGUGAUUCUGAAGGUAGAGUCGAUAUAGGUUCACAGAGUUUAAGUGAAAAAUUAAGUGGCUCAAUAGAGUUUGAUGAGGACGCGUAUGAUUUAGAUGAUUGUCUAAUUAGAUAA